UGUGAACGCAAAUCGGGUCUCAAUUUUCCCAAAAGUGCAACUUUCACGCCAAAAAAGUUGCAAAUUUUGUCAAAAUUCAAGAAAAACAUGGUUUCAACGGUGCUCAACGGUUAUCAAUUUUUCAAGCCGUGUGUGGCAUCGGAUCUUCGACCACUCGCACUCCCACUUUUUGUCAUCUUUCGGACGAAGCCUUCAUUCUGCUUUCAUCAAUUUGGUCCAAAAAUGGCACGAUUUGAAUCGAUUCAUUUCUUGCUGGAGUUUUUACUGGAGGAACAAAGUGCCAUAUUUGCGGAGCUACUACUAGGUCAGCGCAUCUUCACCACUUUCUUUCUGAGUGAGCAAAAUCCCGAAUCCGGGCAUCUCCGUGGAUCGGAGGAAGAAUUACAUCUCUCACUCCUACUACUACCUGUUUGCCCUGCUCUAAAUAGAAGAAAAGUAUACCAAAUUUUUGCAAUGGGCUAUAUAACAACUCGGUGAACGGUCGGUUGUGAUGUGGCAGUUGGAACGGAAUUGGAUAUUCAGUCCUAGAAGAGCUGAGAACAUAAGAAAUGUAAACAUCGUUAAGUUUUUUGUUUUACGGAAACAUCUGCCAUUCCGAUUUCUCUUCAGCAUUACAACUUUUUGUUGGAUAGUAUGCAAUCCUAGUUAGUUACUACUGACAGGAUGUGAUCAUCCAGUUCCAGCAGAAGUCCAGUCCAGUGACUGCUUAGUCGGUCAGUAAUUUGGCAAAAUGCUCGGGAGAAAGCAAAGUCUGCGACCCGAGCCUAUCUUGGCGGACUAUGGGCCCGAUGAAACGUUGAAUGAAAGCGCAGACAUCGAAUGGAAAUGGGUGAGAAGAUUGCUUCGGGGGUGUGCCCUUGUCUCUUUGAUAAGUGUUUGUAUGAAUACGCCAAGAACAUUCGACAGCUACAAAUUCUUGUUAAUCUUUACUUUCGUGGCGGAUUUGGUGGUCACUUUUCUCUUCACGGCCGAGAUGAUUGUGAAGAUGCAUGUUCGAGGAAUUUUCAAGAAGCCAAACGGAUAUUUCAGAGAUCGUUGGUGUCGAUUUGAUUGCAUCAUGGUUUUCUUUUUGUGGACUUCACUCGUCCUUCAAAUGUUUGAAAUGAUGGGAUUGGUUCCUCAUUACUCGUAUUUGUCCAUUUUACGGGCACCACGUCCCUUGAUAAUGAUCCGAUUUAUCAGAGUUUUCUUAAAAUUUUCUAUGCCAAAGUCCAGAAUCAAUCAAAUCUUCAAACGGUCGUCUCAGCAAAUAUACAACGUUACGUUGUUCUUUGUAUUUUUCAUGAGUCUGUAUGGUUUACUUGGUGUUCAGUUCUUCGGAGAACUGCGAAAUCAUUGCGUGUUGAAUGGUACAAACCCCAGAAAUCUUACCAUAAAUGAUUUGGCCAUCCCCGACACGUAUUGUUCAAAGGAUAACGAAUCCGGAUACCAAUGUCCGGGUGGAUUUCAAUGCGUUCGCUUAGAGAUAUCCAAAUACAAGCAGGGAUUUCAAGGGUUCGAUGAAUUUGCGACAAGUUUGUUCACCGUGUACCAAGCGUCAUCUCAGGAGGGGUGGGUUUACGUUAUGCAUCGUGCGAUGGAUAGUUUACCAGGAUGGCGUGCACCAUUAUAUUUUGUGACAAUGAUCUUCUUCUUGGCGUGGCUGGUAAAAAAUGUGUUCAUUGCAGUCAUAACAGAGACAUUUAACGAAAUUCGAGUUCAAUUUCAACAAAUGUGGGGAAAUCGAGCCACUGGAAGAUUAGCAGAGGAGCAAGCGUCCAAAAUUCUAUCGGGUGAUGACUAUGGGUGGAAAUUGAUUCAAAUUGAUGGAGAUAAGCAGAAGGGUAUUGCCCCAUGGCCGUUUCAAGUAAUUCUAAUGUCUGCGGUUUUCCGAUUGUUGGGGAUGGGAGCAAUUUUAGCAAACGCAAUUGUUACAUCUACAAUGUAUUUUAAAACCGAGAGCCACGAAGAUGUGAACAGAAAAUCAAUUACGGACAAGUAUUACUACAUCGAAGUUGGAUUUACAAUAUUCUUCGACUGUGAAACCAUGUUUAAAAUUUGGUGCUUGGGUCCGAAAGGUUACUUUCGUCAAACAAUUCAUAAGUUUGAACUUUUACUAGUGGUUGGAACAACAAUCCACAUCAUCCCGAAUUUUUAUUUGUCACCAAUGACAUAUUUCCAGGUCUUAAGGGUCUUUCGACUAAUUAAAGCUUCUCCGAUGCUGGAAGAUUUUGUCCACAAGAUUUUUGGACCUGGAAAAAAGUUGGGGUCACUGGUGAUCUUUACCAUGUGCUUGCUGAUUAUUACGUCCAGUAUUUCCAUGCAACUCUUCUGCUUUCUGACUGACACAAAUUUUACAAAAUUUGAAACAUUUCCUGAAGCCUUCAUGUCCAUGUUUCAAAUUCUUACUCAAGAAGCGUGGGUAGAAGUUAUGGAUGAGACAAUGGUGCGGACUUCGGAUACUUUGGCUCCAAUUGUUGCCAUUUACUUUAUACUAUACCAUCUUUUCGUGACUUUGAUCGUGUUGAGUCUCUUCGUCGCUGUAAUUUUGGAUAACUUGCAACUUGAUGAAGAUAUCAAAAAACUAAAGCAGUUGAAAUUCAGAGAACAAUCUGCAGAAAUUAAAGGUUCCUGGCUUCCUUGGAGGUUGAGAAUGUUUGAAAAGUUUCCAGAUAGUCCUAAAAUGGCACGACUCAAUAAGCUUCCCUCAGACUUCAUUCUUCCAAAAGUCAGGGAAUCUUUCAUGAGACAGUUUGUUAGUGAAGUGGAUAUCGAGGAUAACAUUAAUCCCAUAAUUCUUGGCAAUCAUAAACUUGAUUGGUGUGCUGAUGAACGCGAGCCUCUACUCUAUCGGAAACAAAAGAUUCUGAAAUUAUUGACCCCAACGUUAAGACAACGGAGCAUGAACAAGCAAUUGAAAAAAUAUUUCGUGACUGCGUUGGUAUCUGAUUCGGACAACCAGCGAAUGGUACUUGGAGACUCUGGCCCUAUUCCAAUUCCAGGGAAAGGAGGAGGCAUUGGUAAUCAGGCCACCGUGAAUUUUAAGCACAGACUGGAUCAAAGAAAAUCCAUCCGAAGAAGCAUUAGAUCUGGAUCGUUGAAAAUGAAACAAACGUAUGAACAUUUUCUCGACGGCAAUGGUCAAGCUGGAGCUCUUAGCAGAAUGCUGAAAAGUCCGCAUGACGUUGAUAUUAAGUUGCUUCAAGCGAAAAAGCAACAAGCAGAAAUGCGACGAAACCAACGUGAAAUGGAUCUUAGAGAAAAUCAUCCCUUAUUCGACACACCCUUGUUUUCUGUUCCGAGAGAAAGUAGGUUCCGCAGAAUUUGUCAAACAAUUGUGUCAGCUCGAUACGAUCCAAAGUCUCGCGAUCCGAUGACCGGCCAAGAAAGAAAAUUGAAGUACAAACGACUUCACAACUUGUUGGGCCUGGUUACCUAUCUUGAUUGGAUUAUGAUAACGGUUACAACGUUGUCCUGCAUGUCGAUGGCUUUUGAAAAUCCGACGUACCGAGUAACUGAACAGUUAUCGCUUCAAAUAGCCGAAUAUGGAUUCGUGAUACUCAUGAGUAUUGAACUUGGAAUGAAAAUACUUGCUGACGGAUUAGUAUUUACUCCUAAUGCAUUAUUGAAAGAUGCGGCAGGAAUAUUGGAUCUAUUUAUAUAUAUUGUUAGCCUUGUAUUUGCAAUUUGGCUCCCGAACGAAGUACCGCAGGGAUCAGGGGCUCAAGCCAUCAUGGUUUUGCGGUGUCUUCGACCACUUCGCAUUUACAACCUUGUCCCUCACAUGCGAAAAGUUGUGUUUGAACUGUGUCGAGGAUUCAAGGAAAUUUUACUCGUAUCCGUUCUCCUCAUCGUUCUACUUUUCGUAUUUGCUUCUUAUGGCGUCCAAAUGUUUGGGGGAAAGAUGGCGAGAUGCAAUGACCCAAAUAUUACUUCAAGAGAACUAUGCACUGGGGUUUUCAAGAGAAGAAUUUACGUCACAAAAAUGCGGCUGGAACCUGCUUUGGGAGAAAGAUAUCCGGCUUUCACCGUCCCACGUGUUUGGUCUAAUCCACGGCGGUUUGAUUUUGACAACAUUGGAAACGCCAUGCUCGCUUUAUUUGAAACCUUAAGUUUCAAAGGUUGGCUGGAUAUUAGGGACGUUUUAGGAAAAUCUAUUCAACCAAUGCACUUCAUCUAUAUUCAUGUAUUUGUAUUCUUGGGUUGUAUGAUCGGCGUCACGCUAUUUGUCGGUGUCGUGAUUGCCAACUACUCACAAAACAAGGGAACUGCCCUUCUAACGGUUGAUCAACGACGUUGGUGUGACUUGAAAAAGCGUUUGAAAAUCGCUCAGCCUCUACAUCUUCCACCUCGACCGGAUGGUCAUGCGGUCAGAUGCAUUGCGUAUGAUAUUACUCAAAACAUUUGGUUUAAACGCUUCAUCGCGUUGGCAGUCCUGAUCAACAGUGGAUUACUAUGCAUUCGGUGGGAGAAAGAAGGAAGUGCGACUGUGACAUUGUCAUCAAUCUCAACCAUGCUGACGUGCAUAUUCGUAUUUGAAGUGCUGAUGAAAGUGAUCGCUUUUACUCUGCUGGGAUACUGGCAAUCUCGAAGGAACAGAUAUGACCUGUUCGUCACAGUGAUGGGAGUUUUAUGGAUUGCGUUGUGGUACAUGUUUCAAGGGGAUAUUGCUGUAACAUUUGGGUAUACUGUUAUUAUCCUGAGAUUCUUUACGAUUACUGGAAAACAUGCUACCUUGAAAAUGCUAAUGUUAACCGUUGUCGUGUCCGUCUACAAAAGUUUCUUUAUUAUAAUGGGAAUGUUCCUGUUGAUCGUGUUCUACGGUUUUGCGGGCGUUAUACUUUUUGGAACGGUGAAAUAUGGAGAAGGAUUGUCAAGACAUGCCAACUUUGGAACAGCAACGAAAGGAGUGGCAAUGUUGUUUCGAAUUGUGACGGGAGAAGAUUGGAAUAAAAUCAUGCAUGAUUGUAUGGUCCAGCCUCCAUAUUGCACUCAGGGUGAAAAUUUCUGGCAAACCGAUUGUGGGAAUAAGACUGCAGCAUUAGCGUACUUUUGCUCGUUUUAUGUUAUUAUUACUUACAUCGUCUUGAACCUACUUGUCGCCAUUAUUAUGGAGAAUUUUACGCUGUUUUACUCAAAUGAGGAGGAUGCACUACUCAGUUACGCUGACAUCCGCAAUUUUCAGAAUACGUGGAACGUGGUCGACAUUCAUCAAAGAGGAUUAAUUCCAGUUAGAAGGGUAAAAUUUAUCCUUCGACUCCUCCGUGGUAGACUUCAAGUGGAUCUGCUAAAGGAUAAAUUGUUAUUUAAGCACAUGUGUUAUGAAGUCGAAAGACUACAUAAUGGCGAAGAUGUCACAUUCCAUGAUGUACUGAACAUGCUUUCCUACAGAUCUGUAGACAUAAGAAAAUCUUUGCAAUUAGAAGAACUGCUGGCUCGAGAAGAAUUGGAGUAUAUAAUUGAAGAAGAGGUCGCAAAACAAACUAUACGAUCGUGGUUGGAAGGAUGUCUCAAACGAAUUCGGGCAAACCAACAUCAGAAUCUCAUCAAAGGAUUUGCAGCAGCGACUGAACAGCAAACAACUCUAAUUAAUGAACAACCCGAACCUCCACUAACUUUUGGAGUUGGACAAUCACCCAUGGUCUCCAAUGCUGCCACACCCAGCCAAGGACAAAUAAGUCCUGGUCUGGUUGCCCAGUCUGGUUCCUCCGUAACCUCACCAGCGUCCUAUCAAGAUCACCAAGGCCACAUUGGAGCCAUCCACCCCCAUGCACCUUUUCAUCAACCAUCCAUUACUUCUACAACUGGUUCUCUCGGGCCUGAACCGAAAUCCGCAUUAAAGCAAAAACUUGGACGAUCUCUGGACGAACCACUGUCUCAUGUGUCGUCGUCUUCGCGAUCUGACAGCGUCAGCUCUGGAAGUGAUACGAAACGACUCUCAUUCUUAGUUGCCAAAGAUGGUCAAGGACAAUCAGUCGCCGGAGAAGGCAUGGUUUGGGAUGAACAACAGUCCAAAUUUUCCCUAGGGGUUGGACCUGGAGGCGUCAAAAAAGCAGAACUACAGAGUUCACACUUUGGAAGAAGAGUUGGCGACAUACAAAAUUGGUGGGGGGAGUUGUCAGCCAGUGAUGAACAAGAGAAUCAUAUUACUAAUUAGUGGAAAUAUAUGUAGUAUGAAAUCAGUUCAGUAUUAUAUGACAGUAUUGUUAUUAUUUGAAAUGUAAUGUGAUGAUUGGUACUAUUCAGGAAUUAGAAUUGGUGCUAUACAGAAACUGGCAGAAAUUUACAUAAGUAUUACUAGUUUGUUAGUCGAAAGAAUGCCCGGAAAGGAUUUUAUAAAGUUGCCUAAUUUUUAAUAAAGUUUAAUUCUUUCAUAUUUCA